AUGCACCACCACUCAUCACUACCGACAACCACCACCCACCUCCACCACCGCCCGUUACCACCAAACCCACCCAUCACCCACCAGAACCACCACCCACCACAACCAUCACCACCUACCUCCAUCACCCAUCACCACCUAUCUCCAUCACCCAUCACCACCACCCUCACCCACUUCAAUCAUCUAUCACCACCACCCGCCACCACCACCUAUCAGCACCCGCCACGACAAGCACCGUUCACCACCAUCAUCACCCGCUAA